GCGGUACAGAGGAUGCGCCUGUUCUGCUUCUUCUUUUCCAGGAGCGAGCUUUAAACUGGCACAAGACCUGAAGUUGUGUUUUUGUUGUGUUUGAAGCGUCCACGUAACAUGUGGUGUGUGUGAAGAAAAGGCUGAAUCUGUGGUGGUAUUCCGGGGAUGUGUAAACUGUCCUCCUGCCCAGAGUCUCCUCAGCCAAUAAAAGCUGAAGUGCAAUAAGGGCGGCUAAGAAUGGAAGCUCCUUGAAAUACAACAAGGCAAAAGGCUUCAUAAGGUUUUCUCUGUCAGCUCCCUUUAGUGCAGAAAGGGGAGAGGAAGGAUGUUGCUGCAGUCUCCAAAUACUUUCGGGUUCCUUUUUUUUAAAUAGUGUGUGCAUUGGGUGCACAGUUGCCAUGGCUUUGGUUCAGGUACUGCCCGUGACCUCUGAUCACCCACAGUCCAGCGCCGAUAUUCAGCAGUGCCACCCUGUAUCGCACUCCCCGCUCACAGGCAGCAUGGGCUCUGUCAGCAGCCUUAUCUCUGGACGCACUUACCAGGAACGACACUGUCGUGCUGUCAGUGACUUCAGCGCCAGGCUCCGCAAGCCCCUGCCUGCAACCAGCUGUUUCCGGCAGCAGGAGGGCACACUGCGAAGGGCCAGCUCUCAGGAAGAGCUCCUUGACAACCACCCUCCUCUGCCUGUCAAGAACAAACCCACUACCCUCAUGACUGCCGGCAAUGGCAACUAUGGAUACAUGAGUGAUGAAGUGGUGGGUGACUGGAAUGAUAACCAUGUCAAAGUGGGCAGCCCCUGCAGUGACACAGAAGAAACACAGGACAACCGAGGAACUGUAAGCAAUAGCAACAUCGGAGGCCCUCCACCAAAACUCAUCCCUGUCUCAGGCAAGCUGGAGAAAAAUAUGGAGAAAGUUGUAAUCCGACCAACUGCCUUCAAGCCUGUAGUACCUAAGAACCGCAACUCAGUGCAGUACCUUUCCCCACGGCCAGGGGGCAGUCUGUCUGAGAGUCACGGAAGCCUGAACCUUUUACUUCCUGGAGGAGCAGGGAUGCUGUGCACAGAAAAACGCAAUUCAUACACUGGUGCUCGCAAUGCUCGCACCAGUCAGACUUGUAGCAUGUCAGAUUCUGGCCGCAAUUCACUCUCCAGCCUGCCCACAUACAGCAGUACAGCCUGCAGCCUGGUGCAGAGCGAGGGACUGUCCACAAGCACAGAGUCCACGCGGCCCACAGGAGGACAUGGCCACACUAACUCGGACAGUGGUCGCUCCUCAUCCAGCAAGAGCACAGGCCAGCCACUCUCAGAUAAUGGAUCAUGUGGACGUUCUCCCGCUCCCCAGGAGGGGUAUGAGAGCAUUAUACGUGAACUCGAGGAAAAGCUGAGAGAGAGAGACUUGGAGCUGCAGCAGCUCAGAGAUAAUCUGGAUGAGAAUGAGGCAGCCAUCUGCCAGGUGUAUGAGGAGAAGCAAAAGAGAUGUGAGCAGGAGAUGGAGGAGCUCAGACAGAGCUGUGCAACCAAGAUGAAGCAGGUGCAUCAGAAAGCCCAACGGGCCCAACAGGUGCUACAGCUGCAGGUUUUUCAGCUCCAACAGGAGAAGAAGAAGCUGCAUGAGGAUUUCUCACAGCUGCUACAGGAGCGAGAAACACUGGAGAAAAGAUGUGCCUCCAUUGAAAGGGAGCAGAAUCAGCUAGGACCACGUCUGGAAGAGACCAAAUGGGAGGUGUGUCAGAAGUCUGGUGAGAUCUCCCUGUUGAAGCAGCAGCUGAAGGAUGUGCAGGCUGAGCUGGGACAGAAGGCAGCUGAGAUUGUGGCCCUGAAGGCCCAGCUGCGAGAGGCUCGCUCUGAGCUGCAGGCCAGCCAGGCACGCUCACACGAUGCCCAGGCAGCAGCACGAACUCGCACACUUGAACUGGAAGUAUGCGAGAAUGAGCUGCAGCGCCGUAAGAGCGAGGCUGAGCUACUACGUGAGAAACUGGGCCGCCUUGAAAUGGAGUCAGUCCGACUCAGAGACAUGUUGUCAUUGCCCAGCAGUAAGGGCCAGUGCAUGAGCUUGCCUCUGCCUCAGAGCCGUGUUGGUGGUGGUCUAAAUCAAGUACACAGCCCUGCUUUCCGGGAGGUAGUGGAGCUGCUGCCAUCGUACGAAAGUGAUGUGACCAGGGUACAGCAGCAGAGUACAGAUGCUCUGCAUAUUCUACACUUGCAAGUAGAGCAAUUGCGCUCUGAGCUGCUGUUAGAGAGGAGGCAUGGACAGGAGCAGCUUGAAGCCUUUGAUGAGGAGCGCCGUGUCUGGCAGGAGGAGAAAGACAAGGUGAUCCGCUACCAGAAGCAGCUACAACAGAAUUACAUCCAGAUGUAUCGCCGCAACCGGGAACUGGAGCGUGUCAUGAGGGAGCUGAGUCUAGAGCUAGAGAACAGGGACUUGGAGGAUUUUGACAUGCGCCCUGACAUCCGAUUUGAGGAAAUCGCAGCCACCGAGAUCUAACGCAGAUUCAGAUGGUUCUCAAAUUCACUGUGUUUAUUAGAGGAAAUAACCUAGUCACCACCUUGGCCCUACCACAAGAUAGAGAUUUCAGAUUGUUACGAAAUACUGACUGACUUCCACUGUGUCCUUUAUAGAGCACUGAUCACCAGAGCACCGCCUCACAACCUAACCAGGGUUUAUAUGCAUCCCAGACAUCAUGAACAUCCUGUUGUGUAGCAGGUGCAAUUGCCUUGACUUUGUGAAACUGGAAAACAAAUUUAGAUGGAGAAAAUUGUGUUUGUGUGAAACAGUUCCUGAAUAGAAUGAGUGUCUGUUUUGCUGGAUUUCAAUCUGAAUAUGCAACUCCUGUUAUGUAAAGGACUGAGAUCAUGUACUUUGUUUAAACACAGUAACUGCACUAAUGGGAGAUGAGAACCUGCACUAAUGGACUCUGCUCCACUUCUUGCUAUCAGCAUUAAUAUUAAUGUAACUCGAAUCCGGCAUGGUCAAGAUCUACAGAGAUCCACUGCAUUGUAAGUUCAAUCUUGGAGUCAUUAUUAGCAGUAAGUAACACACACACACCCACACACACCCAAAAACAUCUUUUGUGUAGUGGCUGUCAUCAUGUCGGGGUACAACACAAAGAUAGCGAAUAACAUCUGUCCUAUCUGCCCUUAGAGCUCACUGGGUGCUCAGCAUCUCAAUACUAAUCACUUUAUCUAGAAGUACUAUUUUUUUAUGAUGAUGGAUUUUGAUAUAGUCUUUUUUUCAUCGUCUGUCAUAGAUUGCACAAUGCACAAUAUUGUGAUGCGCACAACAUAGUGUGAAUAGCCUGUGUGCAUGUUACAAUAAUAUUCUGUUGUCAAGCUGUCUGAGGAUCACACAUCUUACAUAUGCUCUAGUCAGCAGUGUCUCUGCCCACAGUGGGUGGAGCCAUUGCUCUGAUUAGCAUCAGACACAGGACAACAGCCUCAUAGAUCUUAGUUUCGAUUAGUCUACAGCUUCCAAAAUCCUUCUAAAGUAAAUAAUCAGAUCGAAGGGGACAUACAAUAUAUACACAAUAUACACUAUUUUUUGUUAUUACUGAACAAACUCAAAAUAUGUAGCAGUGAAUUCUAUUUUAUAUAUUUUUAUAUGCAUAUAUAGUGACUUAGCCUAUUUUGUGGUAACAGGUUGUUUUAUAUCUCUUAAACUUUAAGAAGUAAUACAGUGGAGUCAUUUUGUAAGGCACUUUAGAGUGACUGCUAAUAUUUCUGCAGUGUUACUAUGUAGAUUUCAGUGAUGGUCAGGAAAUUCUACUCGGUUACAAGUUUGGAUGUUAGGACAUUUUGUUGAAAGAAUCAGUACCAAGCGCCAGACACUAUCACCACUUAUUUACCAUUGUAGUUAUCCUUGGAAAACAAUGAUUCAUUCCAAUUCCCACCCUUGUAUGUAUUAUUAGGCAAAUCUUUCUUCUAAAUCGGUUCCUACUGUAACUGCAACUGAUUCUCCAUCAGUCCAUGGUAGCAAAGUUACUUCACAUUCAUCACAGUGGCAACAUUUAUAUUAUCUCUGUUUCAAACUGUUUGAAGCCAAAUAGCAGUAUUAAUCAAAAGUUUGGGGCAUUUUUUACUUCAUUUCCAUAAAACCUUUCAUUUACUAAAUUCAUUUGUUAGUCAUCAUAUAAAUCUAGUUCUGCAUCCCUUGACUCCCACUGCCUCAGAGAUCUGAUACAGCAGAGCAGCACAGUCAUGACAUGAGGAGUGAAACUUGCCCCUUAAUCAAUAACAUAGCAUACUUUUCUCUCCAUGAUCAGACUGUUUGCUUUCUUAUGUCUCUGUCUUCCUAUAAUCCCAUUGUUUCUUGUUCUUCUGAAUACUUCAUACCCAUGACUGACACAUAUGUAAAUAUUCCUAGUAGUGUAUUCUAAUUUGUAUGUAUAAUAUCUCUGUCAAAGGUAUAGCCACUGGGAAUAGACCAAAGCAAAGUAACAAUGUGUUUAUUUUUAUUCUGUCUUUUAUUCAUGUAUGUUUGUGUGUUUUUUUUUGUUUUUUUUUGUCAUUUCAUGUUUGUAGUCUCUUGAAUAUUAUCAUGCUGUACAUUUCCUGUAAAAAGCAAUACAAUGUUUUUGAUUAAAAAUAAGUCAC